AUGAAGAGCAUUGUACUAGCUGUAAUCGCCUUGUGCGCGUCGUGGGCACAUGCUCAGACAUUGACCGUCACCAAUAUUGCUGGCGCUACAGUCGUAGAAGUCGUUACAGUAAAUCCCAACAACGGUCUUGCUACAACACAAACACUGUGGGUGAAAUCGCAAACCGUUACCGGAGUCACUACGAACCCUUUGUCCACAAAUACCCUCUCAACUGCUACCACAACUGGACCACUCCAAACUAUAGCAACUACUACGACUACACAGAAUCAAGGCCCUGUUGAACAACCCGGAUCAACCGUCCUAGUACCAGGGGGACCUACCCCAUACACCUAUACCACUACAAAUGCAGCUGGCUCUACCGUCGCUGUAAUAGCAACCUUCACACCUACAGGUCCUGCCACUGUAUUGCCAACCCCAACAACCACCGGCACAAUUAUCAACUACUCAUCGUAUCUGGCUUCAGCUGGGACGAGCGCAGUAGGAACAUCUGGUGCAACCCGCCAAGCAUUCUCGCUCUCUAGCGGUUGGUAUGGACUCGUAGCAAGCACGAUGCUAGGCAUUGGCGGUGGUGCAUGGUUCAUAAUGUUGUAAGGCGCACGUUACAUACCGACGAGAGUCGAAGGACAGUUGAUAGGACAGUCAAUCUAGUAGAUGAACUCUUUAUGUGUGAUAAACACAACAACUUUAUGGUUGUGUUGCCUACAUAAACACUCGUUACAUGUUAUCUCGGGUUACUUUAGUUACUCUGAUGUCCCCUUCGUCUACGAUCGACAACAGUACUUAUUUACCUUGAUACCACAUCAUAUGCAUCGAUGGAUUUUGACCUAUACGUACGUACUGCAUUCAGAAGCGGUGCCGGUGAUCAAGCAGUAAUAGAGUGACAAAGAUUCUUGAUAUUAUGAAGGAUUGAUGAAGGAACGCGCGACCGUCGGAUCGACCUAGCAUUGAAAUCCUCGUGAAACAGCAUUGACCACGUUCCAUCAUAAUUUGACUCCGCGAUAUUCUGCUUGACGUC